AUGGGCUCUCAAAACAAAGAACAGCGGGAGCUGACGGUCCUCGUCACCGGCUUUGGCCCCUUUCGAGAACAAUACCCCGUCAACCCGUCAUGGGAAAUCGCCAAAGGCCUCCCGUCGCACCUCCCGCCCCUUCGGGCUAAGGACCCCAACUCCAGAGCGGCACAGGAGCUGCCUCCCGUCCGCAUCCUCGUCCACCCGGAGCCCAUCCGCGUCAACUACAAGGUGGUGCGGGACCUCGUGCCCAGCUUCUGGGACACAUACCAGGGCCACAAGAUUGACAUCGCUAUCCACAUUGGCAUGGCUAGCCCGCGACCGUUCUACCAGAUUGAGCGCCGGGCUCACAGGAGGGGGUACAAGUCGCUGGAUGUGGAUAACGAGCUGCUGGACGAUGGGCCGGAGGGGAAGCCGGACGAUGCGGAAUGGAUCUGGCAUGGCUUGCCGGAUGAGAUUCUGACGGAUCUGGACAUUGACGAUGUUCAUAGGCGGUGGCAGGGUCAUAGCUCGAAGGACAUGGAUCUCCGUAUCUCAGAGGACCCGGGCCGUUAUCUCUGCGACUUCAUUUAUUACUCGUCGCUGGCGCAUUUGUACAAGGCGAACCGUCCGCGCAAGGUUGUGUUUCUGCAUGUCCCGUCUGAUGCGUCUGAUGCGUAUGUCUCGCAGGGUCGGGAGCUGGCGGUGAAUUUGAUUAGGUCGUUGGUGGAGAGUGAGACGGAUAAGGUAGAUGGAUCUGGGGAUGGUGCGUAG